GGCCCCUGCCGCCCCCUCCUCCCGGAGGUGGGGUGGGGAUGGCGGCGCCUUCUUCCGACACGGACUCGUAGGCUCGUCGUGAAGGCCACUGAGCGCCCUCCCGCCGCCGCCUCGCCUCAGGGCGGGAGAGGCCUCCCGCCCGCCGCGCUAGGCCGCGGCCGGCCGGCCGGAGGAAGGAGGAGGGGCCGGGCAAGCAUGGCCAACCCUGCCAAGUGGGAGCGUCUGAGGCCGCUGCGGCCGGACACGCUGCGUGUGAGUGAGCCACCAAUGAUCAACCUGAACGUGGAUGAUGACGUACAGUUUGUGAGAAGAACUCUGAAACUCAAAAAGCCUCGAUUUGAUGCAUCCUUGGUUUAUUUGACACGAAAAUUCAUGGAUCUUGUCAAAACAGCUCCAGACGGUGUCCUUGAUUUAAAUGAAGUAGCAACAACACUUGGAGUACGAAAACGAAGAGUGUAUGACAUCACGAAUGUGUUGGAUGGAAUCCACUUAAUUCAGAAAAGAUCUAAGAAUCUUAUCCAGUGGGUAGGUUCUAAUCUUGACCAAGUUGUUGGAAAAGCACCAGAGCAGCAAAACCUUAAAGAUGAACUUUCUGACUUGUCAGCCAUGGAAGAAGCUCUGGAUGAAUUAAUCAAGGAUUGUGCUCAUCAGUUAUUUGAACUAACAGAUGACAAAGAAAAUGCAAAACUAGCUUAUGUGACAUGUCAAGAUAUCUGUAGCAUUCGGGCAUUUCAAGAACAGAUUGUGAUUGCAAUCAAAGCUCCAGAGGAAACCAAAUUGGAAAUACCAAUUCCUAAAGAAGAUUGCAUAGAAGUACAUGUGAAGAGCACGAAAGGACCCAUUGAUGUGUAUCUAUGUGAGGUGCAACAAGAGAAGCCAGGUGCCAAAACUUUUGAAGAUCUGGAUACUGUCACUUCUGAAACUGAGCCAUCAGUUACUCCUGAUGAAGUGAGAUCUCCGGAGGAAGAAAAAAAACAAACCACCUGAGGUGACAGAUUAAUUGCAAUUCAAAAAUCUAAUACAGAAUGUAAAUAUCUGUGUUAUAGAGCUUUUCUGAAGCUGCUUGGAUCUGCAAACUUACUAACCUGAAAUACUCCAAAGUGUUUUAAAUUUAAAACAGCAGUGGGUUGGUUGAGUGCUUUCACAGAAUUGCUUAUCUUCCCAAGUCAAAAGAUGACAGUUCCUACAUUUGCUUUUAGGAGCUUUGUUUUCAUAAUUGCAUGUGAUCUACAGAGCUUUGGGAAAAUGGUAAUUUUUAGCUUAUGAAAUAAUUUUAAUUGACAGAAAACAUAGGCAAUUAAUUACUUCUAAAAAUGAAGAUUUGAAAACUAUUUCUGGAAUAAUCCACAAUCCUUAUGAGAAUGUAUAUAAUAAAGAAAUGCACUUUUCAGUUCUGAGGCUGCACUACUACUAAGCAGGAUUGUCAGAUACGAGUCUAACAAAGAACUGGUGUGUCAGAAGCCUUCACUAUAAAGAACAAGAUGUAAAUGUCACGAGAGUUAUGCCUUAUACUGUGUAGAUGCUGUUUGCAUUGUUUGCAUCCAGCUCUGCAUUAACUAUGGUAUCAACACUGAAGUUAAAUAAUUUGAGCUUUUUGUAUAUAUCUGUACCAUGUCUAGGUAGUUACUGAUUUAUUGAGAUGGUUUGCAUUUCUGCCUUUGUACAGCAAAGAAAUAAAAUAAGCUUAUAAAAAUAUUCAGUAGUCUUAGUCAGUCUAAUGAACCAUGUUGGGUUGUCUUUGUUGGAAUUCACUGGGUAGCUACAAACAUUAAAACUGAUGUGAAAAUUUUAAAUCUGUUACACGUGGUGCUGGCAGCUAGCAGUUAGAUCUGAUUCUUGUGAUGCCACAAUACCGUAGCAAUUUUCAGAAGAAACAUUAUGAUCAAUUACUACUUAAAUUGGUCCCUUCCAGUUUCUAGAGUUUACAUACAGCAUAGCUUUAGCCUAGUACCAUGAUGUCUUUUUGGCUCUAGCUUGCAAAAAUACGUAAAAUACUUUAGAACUACAUCUGUAUUCAUCUGUCUUUAGUAUCUGUAAAAUGAAGCUUCAGAAUUUUGGUACUGGGUUUUCUAAGUUAAUUAACUGUCACCAUACAAACGUCAUACUUGGGCUCACUUCACUCCAGUAUGGAAAAGUGUACUUAAUAGUUUUCUGUGUGGGGAGGGGUGGGUGGGUUGGUUGGUUGGUUUUUAAAUUAGAACUCAAUCACACAGUAUCAACGACUAUCUGUCUACUCACAAGUGUGAACAACAAAGCUAAUAAACACCUGAAUGUUUUAACCAGCAACUCUACAGCUAUUUUAGACAGAUGCUGUGAAGGUAGAUGCCCUAUAUUCUACUAAUUAAUACAAAUAAGGUAGGGCAUUUGACACUGAAGAGCUUAAAUGUACCUAAAUAGAGAUUGGGAGUUAAUCCAGUUUUCUACAAGGUUCACUAGUUCUGCAAAUGCAUAGUAUUCUACUAUGCAAAUUGGGAAAUACACCGAGUGCAAGCUUGUGUCAGAAAGUAAUCUUGACUUCUUGUGUACAUGCUGCCAACUUCCAGCUCCAGAAUAUAGGACUUCAGUGUUGGAUACUAUUUUUCUGUAUCUCUAUAAAAUGCAAGCUGCAGGCUGAGCUGUUACAAUAAUAAAUAAAAGCAAAGUGAAGGAACACUUCAUACGUAGAUCACAGUAAAAAUGGGGAAGGUGCUUCUCCAAUGAAGUUGGGGGCAGCGGUUAAAAUUAAGAAAUCAUCUUUUUGCACAGAAAGGUUGUCCUUUUCCUUUAGCGGCUGGCUUCUUUCUGGAUGGCAAACUUGCUAUUUGAUUUUUUUUUUUACACUGCUGUUCUGUUUUGGUGGGGAGAGAGGUCUGUGCCUAAGAGAAGUAUUGACCCCCCUACACUGUUUCAACAACUUGGGAUAACGUUUGCUGGGAAACGUGUAAAAAAUUUCCAAGCACCAACAACUAAUCCUGAAUGCUAUGUAUGUGUUAGGGUGGGAUUUGUUAUGUUAUGAUACAGUGUUUUGAACUGUGGAGUAAGGAAGUACACUUUUACAAAAUAAUCAUCUUCUAAAUGUUAAGUAAGUCUGUCUUCAAAAGCAGAACAUACUUUUUUUAAUUGAAACAUUAGGAUUUUUCACUUUGAACAGAUCUCUAGUGAUUCUGUUUUUCCUUCUUUGUGUGGGUUUUCUAGCUGUAGAAUUCAUUUUUUAACUUCAAGCUACACAAUUAUCACAGUGAAAUGGGAGAAGCUGUAAUAUGAUAGUUUAUAAUUAUUUACUUACAUACAUACAUUGUUUUAAUAGUGCACCUUCAGUGGAACAAAUGGACUUUUGAAGUUGAAAUCACUUUGUUGUUACUACUUGGAUAUGUACAGUAUUAUCCAAUUGCAAUACUGGAAGACAGUGUACUGUGUAAGAUCAGUAUGCGAACUAGCUGAAAAGAUUAGACUUGAACUUGAGGAAAAGUUCUGAGCGAUGCUGAACUUAAAUACAAGUUACAAGCUCACUUAAAAAGUAAAUGUGAUAGGACCUUACUCUGAAUUU